CGUCAGGCUCUGAAUCUGAAUUCUCGAUUUUGGGCGAAAAUUUCUAAAGCUCGUAAACCUUUUCUUCCAGUUGCCAAUCGAAGAGCCAAGGCAGCCGCAAUGACGACCUACAUGAAGAUAGUCGAGGAGCGCCUCACCGGCCUCUCCAAAGGAGUGGAUGAGACGGUGGACAGCUGGUUCCUGAUGAGCUCCCCUGCUCCCGUGAUCGCCGUGGUCCUGGUCUACCUGGCAUUCGUGCUCAAGAUCGGACCCGAGUACAUGAAGAACCGCAAGCCCAUGGACCUCAAGCGCAUCAUGGUCUUCUACAAUGCCUUCCAGGUCUUGUACUCCAUUUGGAUGUGCCGCACGUCCAUCCAAGAGAGCAAUGUGAUGUCAUCGAUCUUCUCGAAGAAGUGCGAGAUCAACCGCACCAGGGAGCAGAACCUGACCCUCUACUCGGGCGCCUGGUUCUACUUCUUCUCGAAGAUCAUCGAUCUGCUGGACACGACGUUCUUUGUGCUGCGCAAGAAGGACAACCAGGUGUCGUUCCUGCACGUCUACCACCACACAAUCACGGUGCUCUUCUCCUGGGGCUACCUAAAGUACGCUCCCGGGGAGCAGGGCGUGAUCAUUGGCAUCUUGAACUCCGGCGUGCACAUCAUCAUGUACUUCUACUACAUGGUGGCUGCGAUGGGACCCCAGUACCAGAAGUACCUGUGGUGGAAGAAGUACAUGACCAGCAUCCAGCUGAUCCAGUUCGUUCUGAUUUUGGGAUACAUGCUGGCCGUGGGCGCCAAGGGAUGCAACAUGCCCAAGACUCUGACCUUCUUCUUCGUGGGCAACACUAUCAUCUUCCUGUAUCUGUUCGGCAACUUCUACCGCAAGACCUACAAGAAGGCCAAGAGCCUCGAUGGCGGCAGCAGCAGCAGUCGCACCACCGGCAGCAGCCUGGCCCAAUCCGCCCUGAGGGCCGCCGGAGGAAUGGGUUGCAUGCCCCAGACAAUGAACGCCGGAAAGCACAGCCUGCAGAACGCCCAGCCUGGAAAGGCCUACCUCGAUCUGAACAACAACAGCGUGAAGCCGCUGAAGCUGGAAUGAGAGCGAUACUUGGCCAGAUACCUGGUAUCAUUGGGUUUCAGUUAUUUAGCAAUUAUGUCUUUUAGCGCGGGGUUUAGUUCGUAACUCUUACCUUUACCAUUACCUUUUAUCUGUAGUCUGUAGUCUGCGGAAGAGAAGAACUUGUAUAAUGUUUAUAUGCCGGGCAGGCGACGAUUCAAACCCAAAAAGUAGAUAGAACCCUAAGUGUGUGAAUGCGGCCAAGUUUGACUGAGUACGUGUUAAUGUUUUUCUAGCUGAGUGUGUGUGUGCUAGUGUGAUAGAGCUUAUUAAUGAAAUGCAGCCGUAAAUCGUUUCUCGAAACAAUAAGAAUUCAAUAAAACUUUGAUUUUGUAUAUUUAAUAAAAGCCAAA